AUGGUUGACCACGAUGGAAUUCAUACCAUCGCCAUAAGCACCAAUCAGUAUAUCAAACCCAAGACUGUAGAAGACAUCAUCCCACCCUUACAGAAAUUCACCAAACGAGAUUUACUUGAAAUCUUUGGUCAACCUCAGAAAAGAACUCUAAAUUGCUAUACCAACCUAUCCUCUGAAUCCCUCUAUCGAGCACCGCUCUCACACCCUCUCAACGAUUUGGUCUGUUACAUCACCAUACCCUCCGAUGACGGUCAGCCAGAGUGGAAUACCAAAAACGUACUCUGGGCGGACGGGUCUGCCGAAAAGUUGAUCAAGGAUUAUGAGUUGAAGGAAAGUAAGAAUUUCUAUAGAACUAUUCCGGUUUUCGUCAUGGACAGUGACAAAUUCGGGAAAUAUACAUUUAUUGGUUGGUGGAAAUAUACCUCGUUGAAGGUGAUCGAGCCAUUCUCGGAUGAGUUGAUGGAAAUGAUGAAAUUGAAAGAAUCGACAGGAGCAUACUCAAAAUAUGGGAAAUCGGAAAAGAAAUGGAAGAAGUCUUGUUCUGGACGAUGGGUCAAAUUAGGUUUCGUCCAAGUGAAAGAGAAGUUCCUCAAGGGGAUCUCGGAAUUGAAAAAUGGUGAAGAAGGUGAAUACGUUCUGAAGGUUGGAAGAUUGAACGAGGAGUUGAAGGUUCUGAGGGAGUAUGAGAGUGGUGGAUGGAAGGUUAAAAAUGGGUCAAGAUGUACCAUACCUGGCUUUCAGGAGAUAAGAACCGUGGAAAGUCAAGGAUGUGAGACUAGGGAAGAUGGAGAACUGGAUUAUUUAUUAUGUUCAUAA